AUACUUAUUCGACAGCACAUAUUGUAUCUAGUAUCAAGUUCUAUUCAAUUGUACAGUAUAUAGAUUACGCAAUUGGUGUGUUGUAUGAAAUACUGAAAAACGAAAAACCUACUUAAUUGAGCAGAAAAGAAUCUCAAAAACUGUAUAAAGAAACAUUUCGCCUAACGAAGAAAACAAAAACAUCAUGAUGAGAGGCGAGGUACUCUUUCUAGUGUUCAUUCUGGUCACGAAAUCGUUUGGAAUGGAAGAAGAAGCGACAACGUCAUCGGAAGAAUAUUCAAUGAAUAGUGAAGACAUCGGAAACGAAUCAGAACGAGAUCUAUAUCCUGCUGAAAGAAAAUCUGGCCUGUGUAGACAGUGUUCUUGCCCGCCAAUUGCUUCUUGUCCGACCGGCGUUAGUUUUGUUAUGGACGGAUGCGGCUGCUGCAAAAUAUGCGCUGGUCAACUGGGAGAUAGAUGUGACCGCGAAAAAGUAUGUGAUCAUCAUAAAGGUCUACAUUGCGAUGGAAACACAGGGACAUGCAAAUCCCGUCCUGGUAGAUCGUGUUUUGUAGCUAACAAAUGGUAUGAAAACGGUGCUUUGUUUUCUCCGUCUUGUCGAAUCACCUGUUCCUGCAUUAACGGAGACAUCGGAUGCAUGCCAAAAUGUAAGCCGCCUCCACCAGGAUGCGCUUAUCCAAAGCUGGUUCGUUCAACUAGCAACUGCUGUGGCCAGUGGAGAUGCAAUGGAAGACCAAGUGAAUACGCCAGAGGAAAAGAAUCUGCAUUGUCUUUCCGCGGUUCAUGUCUUCUGCAAACAAUUGAAUGGUCUGCAUGUUCAAAAUCUUGUGGUUUUGGAGUUAGCGAACGAGUGACAAAUGAUAAUGAAGACUGCAAAAUGACAAAAGAAACACGACUGUGCAUUGUCAGACCUUGCACAGAAAUCAUUCCACCGAGAAAGUCGAAACGCUCCUGUCGACGCAACAUGAGACGCGCCAAGCGUGUUCGGUAUUCAUUGAGUGGAUGUCUUACAGUGAAAUCCUUCAAACCUCGAUACUGUGGAACGUGUCGACACUCUGACAAAUGCUGCAGACCAAGCGCAACAAAAACCGCGGAAAUUGAAUUCCGAUGUGACACUACGUCUUCAGAACCAGACAGUCCCGCAACUAGUUACACUAUGAAACGCAAAUUAAUGGUGAUUCAAAACUGCGAAUGUGGAAAAUUUUGCGAUAGUAAUGAAUUCGCCGGUAACUCUGUACAGGGCCAACUCAUUGGUGACACCUAUCGUGACACGUGACCUACAGGCAUAUUUGAUGUACUGGAGAACUCAUAAAAAGAUUCGACAUUCAACGCCAUUGUGUCAAUUGUUUGAGAUGUCCACUAGAGCAACGCUUUAGCUAUCCCAAAUGGGUGGGCAACAGAUCUGCUGUUGAAUGAACAAUGAUGUCAAGUUAUUUGGCACAAAACCUCAAACGGUAACAAAAGUUCAAAACUUCAUACAAAUGCGGAAAAAGUUUUUCUUUUAUUUUAUUUAUUGUGUUAUUAGAGUCUCUGAAUUAAGAAGUGAAAAUGGUAUUUAUGCCAACAUCGCCACUAUAGUAAUGAGGUCAUUAUAAAUGAGGUUAUGUUAACAUUGCUGCAUAUCUGCAAAGUAAGUAAUACUCACUUGCGCAGAAGCAGUUACGAAGACCUUUCUAUUCUCGAGUGCCUUGUCAUUCUUACAGCAAGCACUAUUUUUGGAAAGGGGAUAUCAGAUGUUUAAACCCCAAUUCGUCAUAAACAACGUUUUUCAAAUGAAAUAGUAAAACUUCCCAUGUUCAGUGAGUUUUAAAAGUGUGUAUUUUCCUGGUAAAAUAUAUUUAUUCCUAUUCAUAUCUUGCCCUUUGUUUGUCAAAUUGUUCAAUUGCAACUAUGUACUUUAAAAUGCAUGUUUAUUGGUAUAUUUUUGUUGCAGUAGUCGCGUCAUAAGUUAAUGCCGUUUUACGUGGUUUGAAGUAAUAGAUUUUAUCAGAAAAUUGUCAUUUCUUUACUGUAAUCGGAAUAUUUAUUUCUUAUUCCGUACCUCGUUAAGGCCAUCUGAACAAAUUGCAGUUAGCAAAAACGAUUUUAUUUUAUUCAAGUAGCAUAUUUGACAAAUGUUUUGUGUUGUGUUUGCGAUAUUUUCAUAUUGUGAUCAUUCCUAUGUAAACAGUACUUGUAGAUCUAACGGAUCAAUUGCUGUGGGCUUUUAAACAGGAUGCAUUUCGUGAUUCGGUCAGAAAAUAAAACAAAUUUAUGACACGAGAAUUGCUUCAAUCGAAAGGAAGUGGUAAUUGAGCGUUACUCAACAAAACCUACUCGCCAAAUACAAGCCCAAAAUGCGUGACACGAGAAAAUGCAGAUCAGUUUCAGAACAUACUUUUAUAAAAUUGCGUUUGGGUGAUGAAUUGUUGUCUGCUAUUAUCAACAAGCGUAUCCAACACUUUCCGUUUUAACCCGAUCUCCCUCACAACCUAAGCAUGGUUAAUUGAACAAUAACGUAAAUAAUGUAUCAAAACUCGUUUGGGUAUCGUAUGUCAAGAUUCCAGGUGUUCGUGGUGAGGUAGAUAGAGUACAACUAUCAUUAUAUUAUGAAUAACCAUAACGUAAUGAUCAAACGAACUCUCCACUCAUUUAUUUAUCGUGCAAAUGCAGGCAAUGAAAAUUUGUACUGCACAAGGAGUUUUAGAUAUUGAUGGAAUUAGAUCACAUGGAAUUGUCAAAUUUGAUAUUGAGAAACCACCAAUAUUUGUAUAAAGGUUUGUGUUCUUCAUUUUUCUCUAACUGUUUCGGCCAAACUUACGUUGUUCGAACUUGACCUCAGCAGACCCAGCAGAAAAUUGGUUCAUCCGCCAAUAUGAUAUGUUCUCGGAUACAUAUUUGUAAUCAUGUAAGAUUGACAUAGAGCGUUUAAUUUACGUAUGAUAAUAUUUGUAUUUCCAGGAUUUUGUGAAACAUGGGUAAUCCUUUUUUUAUUAAAUGAAUAUGAAAUACGA